AUGACUAGCCAGAGUAGAGAGGCGAGGUUCUGGGAGGGCCAUGAGGCCAGUUCCUCAAAGAAGGACCUCCGCAAGGCUCACUACCAGGUGCUGAGGACCAUCCGUGAGGGGAGCUUUGUUUCCAUAAAGUUGGCCAAGCACCUGCCCACGGACACCCUGGUGGCGGUGAAGGUCCUCGAAAAGUUGGAUAGCACCUUCUUUGCCACCGAAUUGGACAUUUUGAGGUUUGUGGAGCACCCGAACAUCAUCAAGCUCUAUGAGAAGGGAGAAACAGAAGAAAGGUUGUAUUUGGUGAUAGAGUAUAUGGACAGAGGAGACCUUGUGGACUACCUGGACAAGGUGGACAGGCUGGCAGAGGACGAGGCCAGGGGUCUGUUUAGGCAGAUCUUGAGCGCAGUCAAAUAUUGCCACGACAACGGCAUUGCUCACAGGGACCUUAAGGCAGAAAACAUACUGCUAGACAGCAGGGGCACAGCCAAGCUAUGUGACUUCGGAUUGAGUACAUGGUUCCGGCCAGGGCAGCAGCUGGACAGACAGUGUGGCACUAUGGCCUAUUUGGCCCCUGAGAUGUUCAGGCAGGAGAGCUACCAGGGCCCCAAGGUGGACGUCUGGAGCCUUGGGGUGUUGUUGUACUAUAUGGUCAUGGGCGAUGUGCCCUAUAAAGGCAAGUCAUGGGUCCUCAGUAAAGAAGUUUUAAGUGGUAAAUUUAAAAUACGAAAAUCUUUUUCCCCUGAACUUCAAGGAAUGUUAGCAUACCUUAUGGCGAACGAUCCAAAGAGGCGGCCCAUGGUGUGGCAAAUAAUGCGCCAUCCCUGGUUCAAGACAAUUAAGGGAGCCUCACCAUGCCCCCGCCAGCCUGCUCUGAACCAGCCAGACCCCGCCAUACUGCACAUCAUGGUGUCAUACAUGGGAUUUAACCCAGAGGAGGUGCGGGGUUAA